AGUUCGGCUUUAAGUGGAAUUUUAUCACCCACACUGUUCUGUACUUGUAAUUCUAUACCCGGAAAUAGACAAACAUUGGAUGUUUGUUGCGUUAUUCAUGAUAAGGGAUUUCCCAGGCCACAGUUACUGUUUCGGUUGAUUAUGGCGUGGCUCGAACUGUUGAAGCCGUGGACACUUUUUCUAUUUAUUUCUCAACUAACAGAUUCUUGCUCUGAUGAUUCAUGGCGUCUCAUCAACAACGACUGUUUCAAAAUCAUGGACAGUCCAAGGCUUUUUGGUAACGCGUCCGUGCUUUGUUUGGAAACAGGGGGAGUACUCCUGUCCUACAAAAACCGGCAAGUACUAAGUGACCUCGAUAUCACCUCUCCCACGUGGCUAGAAAACUCACAGGAAAUGGACAAUAUUACCUACGGAUUACACCCUUCCCUGAAGCACAAAAAUUUAACAAAUGGCCAAAGAUGUCCGAGCUUUUCCCCGAAUUCCACUUUGAUAACCUUCGACUGUGAUGCUUUGUCUACAGUAGUUUGUCAGUUAAAACACUCGAACACUGAAAGAGGCAAAGGAAUCCAUCUGAAGUUGUUGGUUGCCAUAGUGAUAUCAGGAGUCAUAUUUACCAUUUUCCUUGCUCUUAUAGUAUAUAGUGCAAAACGUCGUCUUGACGACGUAGAUGGACGAGAGCCCAAUACGGUAGUUUAUGGAAAAUACAAACAUUUACAUCAAACAGAAGUAGAGAAAUGUAAAACUUUUACAGACAAUGCAAUUGUACUGAAAGACAUGCCUACACCUGUGAAUGGUGAACAGAGCAAUGGUGUACCAGUUGAAGAGAGUGUUCGAAUAAAACACGGGAAGGCUCUGCAAGUUUUGAUAAAACUCAAACUUCAAACAAAGAAAUACAUUGCCAAUGAAACCACAAUAGCUGAUUUGUUCUCAAAGACAGCUGCCAAGUACCCAAAUAAAGACUGCAUAUUGUUCGAGAAGCAAAAAUGGACAUACAGAGAUGUGGAGAUUUAUGUGAAUCGUGUCGCCAACUAUUUUCAAGAGGAAGGCUACCAAAAGGGAGAUGUGGUGGCAUUGCUGAUGGAGAAUCGACCUGAAUACGUAUGUUUCUGGCUGGGUCUGUCCAAAAUAGGAGCUGUAGCGGCUCUAAUCAACUAUAACCUCAGGAAUCAGCCACUAGCUCACUCUGUCAAAGCGGCCGAGUCCAAAGGCAUUGUGUUCGCAGGAGAUAUGUCACUUGCUUUGGAAGAAAUAAUGCCAAGUUUGUCCAGAGAUUUAAAGCUUUAUUGUAUUGGAAGUAUGGCUAGUUCAGGAAUUUCACCUAUUUAUAUGGAUCCAAUUCUACAAAAGAGUCCAGACUUCCCUCCUAGAAAAGUCAGGGUAAAGUUUACAGAUAAGCUUUUUUAUGUAUUUACAUCUGGAACAACAGGUCUUCCAAAGGCAGCUAUUAUAAGCCAUUCUAGGUUCAACUACAUGACAGUGGCCGUGAACCAGUUCAUGAACCUCACUGAAGAGGAUGUACUCUAUGAUUGUCUGCCCCUGUACCACACAGCUGGGGGAGUGGUUGGGGUUGGUCAGAUGAUCAUAGCGGGGACAACCCUGGUAAUUAAGAAGAAGUUUUCAGCCAGUCGAUUCUGGGAUGACUGUAUUGAGUACAAGUGCACUGCUGGUCAGUACAUCGGAGAAAUCUGUCGAUACCUCCUGGCCCAGCCCGUCAAACCAGCUGAGACCCAGCAUAAGGUCAGGGUCAUGUUUGGGAACGGCCUGAAACCUCAGAUAUGGGCGGAAUUCCAGAAGAGAUUCGGAGUGGCACAGAUGGGAGAAUUCUACGGAGCCACAGAGGGAAACUGUAACACUAUUAAUCCUGACAACAGGGUUGGAGCCGUGGGUUUCACAACAAUGAUUGCGCCCGCUUUAUACCCCAUUACACUGAUCAAAAUUGAUGAGAGAACAGGAGAGCAUAUAAGAGACCGGAACGGUGUGUGUAUCAGGGCCAAACCAGGUGAGCCUGGAGAACUGGUGGGUAAAAUUGUAAAAGGCGAUGCCCUGCGAGAAUUUGACGGCUAUGUCAAUAAACAGGCAACUGAUAAGAAAGUGUGCUCUGAUGUUUUCAGAAAGGGAGACCAAGCUUUUCUAACAGGUGACAUACUGAUGAUGGACGAAUUUGGAUACUUUUAUUUCCGUGACAGAACGGGGGAUACGUUCCGCUGGAAGGGAGAGAAUGUCUCGACCAAUGAGGUGGAGGCUGUUAUAAGCAACAUCAUCAAACUAAAUGACGCUGUGGUGUAUGGAGUAGAAAUCCCAGGACUUGAAGGAAGAGCUGGAAUGGCAACCAUAGUGGAUGAAACUAACUCCUUAGAUCUGGACCACCUCCACUCGGCUCUACAAAAGUCACUACCUGCUUAUGCGAAACCUCUUUUCAUUAGAAUAAAAAAAUCUGUAGAUACAACAGGCACCUUUAAAUUGAAAAAAGUAGAUUUGCGGAAAGAAGGCUUCGAUCCCAGCAUCGUAAAAGACCCUCUAUAUUGUUUGAUCUCUGGAAAAUACCAACCAAUCACAGAACAAGUGUAUAAUGAUAUAUGCAGCGGAAAAAUUCGACUAUAAACUGGUUGAAAGGUUUAUUUAUUGAGAGACUGGCACAAGUUAUGUUUAUGAAUAAAAGAUACUCAGAAAGGGCAGAUACUGUGUACAUGUUCUUUAUUUUCUGUCAAUUAUGGACGUGACAGUAUGUAACAUUAUAUUAGACAUCAAAAUAAUGUGAAUUUGAAAGAUGAUAUUCUGACAAAUAUUUCCUGAAAAUCAGAAUCGUGAAUAUUUAUUGUUUUGGGUUGUACUGACUAGGGAAUGGAAUGUGAUACAUAAAGGUUCUCCUCUUUUUAACCUGACCAUUCCUUGUUUUUAUUCCAAAAGCUGGUUAAAUGUGUCCAAAUGGAAUUGUACAUCCAUGUAUUUCAAGUUUGCAUGUAUUAAAUCAUGACUAUGAAUUGAUUUGGCAGCAGGCUAAAGCCUAUAUGAACUUGUCUAUUUAAUGUCUGAAAUCAAAUUACAUGUAUGACAAAACCAUUGGAUUUAUUGAUUGUUGUUGAAAAUUCAUUGAUCUUUUAAUUGUUACAUCUGUAAAUGAAAAAUCAAAUAAAUUAUUCAAUGCCAGAA